UUCCGCGCUGGGAAUGUUGAACGAAGGGGUCUCUCAAACAGAAAUCUCCUUGUCAAAUCUUAACAAUGUCUCCGAUUUGUUGGAUUAUUUAGAGGGGUAAAUAUUGGGCAGAGGAUUGUUAUUUCGUUGAUAGAGAUUUACGACAGUUAGAAAAUUGUUUAGAUGACGGCGGUCUGCCGUGGAGUGACAGGUCAUGGGGGCCUGUCUCGGCCGUUGCUUUCCCAGUGUCACCGACCCCUUCACCUUCAGGUACUCCAGACAUACCGGAAUUACUCAAUCCCCAGAGGAAGAACGAGCUGAGUUGCAGCAGUACAUAAAUGGAGAAGAUGUAGAUUCCGCGAAGAAAUCAAAAACUUUAUUAUCAUUUCUAUCUUUAAAACGUUUCAAGAAAAAAAAUAGAAGUCCAGUAUCACUGGAACUGGUUGGAGAUACUCGUUGGUCACGAGGCAGUCCCAAAUAUUUUCGACUGAAUUCUGCUAUUGGUGUCUCCACGAGCUCUGGACUGAACACUCCACUGCAGUCCCUGGACGUUCGCACUCUCCUAAAGCAUCCGGGCUGUGUUUCUUCGACCCCUGUGUCAUCCCUCGAUCUCGAGUGGGAGCACGAAAUCCUCACAACCGCUCUGAUGGACCCGGAACCCUCCGGCCACCCAAUCGAAUCACCGUCCAGAACAUCGAGUGAUUGCAGUCGACCGUCCAGUUUAACUGCAUCCCCCUGGUCACGUGUAUCAACCCCAAACAGUUUAGAGUGGGACUCCGUUGAGGCUGAUAAUGCCUGCGAUCCCGACACUGAACAAUUAUUAACGGAAAUCGAGAGAUUGACCGACAAAACGCUUAAGGAGACUGGCGAUUGGACUGGUGCUAGAUGAUAAUGCUUCAAUGAUUUCGAUUAUUGUAUUUUUGUAUGAAAUUAAUGCUGACGUGAAGAGCACUGAUUGAUGACCCAUUACUACUAUGCAUGAAAAAAAUUUCCUGGAAAUCCUUUGUGAAUUCUGUAGAAAUUUUCAUCGAAUCCCUCUUUAACUCCCAUUAAUUUUCGUUCCUAUCAUCAGGAAUUAUGAUCUUGUUCUUCUGCCAAGAAAGAACUUCAACCGAGUGAGUUAUAAGAGAAUUUUCUUUCAAUUUUUCAAAUUAAAUAUUUUUUGUAUUUCUGUGAUAAAAAAUUAAUAGGAAGUUCAAUGAAAAUUUGAUGGAAUUUUCCAGCGAAGAUUUUACUGUGAAAUUUGUUUCUUGCAACCACCAUUGGUUUUAAAUUAUUGAGGAGAGAUUGAGAAAAUGUUUACGGCACUGUUGAACAAAUAUAUUGGCUAUCUUCGAUAUUUUAAAAGCAAUUUAACAGUUACAUAAUAUUUUAUUAUUACACGCCUUUAAUAAUUGAUUGAGGGAGAUUCAAGUCGAAGGGAUUUUCUUAUUUUCUGAAUUAAAAGUUCUCCAUAACAAACCCUAUUGUAGUUCCUACAAAUACAUUAAUUGAUAGAUCUUGUCAAGACCAGUUGCUCUUUUUUAAAUUGAGAGUCCACUUAAAAUUUUUUAAUGAAGUCAGAAAUUCCAUUUAAUCCGAAGCACUUGAACCUCCUUGAACAGUGAUAAAUUCUAAAUUUCAACUGUUACAAAGUCGAUGCGACACCCAAUGAAUUUAUGAUUCAACUAUAUGGAACUGGGACCAAACUGUCGACCCAGUUUGAUAUUUAAAAAAAAUGUUGAAGUAUUGGUUUUAAUAAAAAUUAAUAAAAAGAA